GAACACGUCCGUCUCUUCUCCGCUCACUCCUUCACUGUAUACUCAUACACAUCACCAAACAAACCAAUUCCAUCAAAUACCUUACAUUACCGUCAAAAUGGUCAAAGCCGUCGCCGUCCUCCGUGGAGACUCCAACGUCAAGGGCACCGUCACCUUCGAGCAGGAGAACGAGUCCUCGCCCACCAAGAUCUCAUGGGACAUCACCGGCAACGACGCCAACGCUGAGCGUGGCAUGCACGUCCACGCUUUCGGUGACAACACCAACGGCUGCACCAGCGCUGGACCUCACUUCAACCCCCACAACAAGACCCACGGCGCACCCGAAGACGAGGAGCGCCACGUCGGUGACUUGGGUAACUUCAAGACCGACGGCCAGGGCAAUGCCCAGGGAAGCGUUUCGGACAAGCUGAUCAAGUUGAUUGGCUCUGAGAGCGUUAUUGGCCGCACCAUCGUUGUGCACGGUGGCACUGACGACCUCGGCAGGGGCGGACACGAGGAGUCCAAGAAGACUGGUAACGCUGGCCCUCGUCCUGCUUGCGGUGUCAUUGGUAUCUCCAACUAGAUGCGGCAGCAGAGUUAUCGUCGAGAAUGGUAAUGUGCGCCAGCAGCCUGGGCACUAGAAAUUAGGGAGGGGAUGCGUAUCUUUCAUGUAGCGUAUAGCUCGUACAAAAGAAACACUUCGCCUCAUUACAU